UUUCAAGAGAAAAUCAAAUUCCAUCCAGCUCGAUCAAAGUCCAUCAUUAUUCAGUUAGUCGUCAUUUAAUAACAAAGAUGUUCAAAGUAAUCGAAAAAGUUGCUCCUUCGAACAAAACGAAAUACUUGUUGCGUUUGUACGCUACAGCCGCACCAAAAACUUCUUCCAAUCCUAAACGUGAAGUAAAGAAACCCCAGGAAAAUGCCUCCUUUAUGGCAAACAUCUUUCGUGGCAGUUUAGCAUCGACGCAAGUCUUUCCCUAUCCGGACGUACUUACCGAAGAAGAAAAAGAACUAACAGCCAGUCUCAUAGAUCCAUUUGAAAGAUUUUUCCGUGAAGUCAACAACGCUGCAAGGAAUGACGAAAACUCCCAAAUUGAUGAAGAGACUUUGAAUCAAUUGUGGGAAUUGGGAGCGUUCAGUAUUCAAGUGCCCAAUGAUUUUGGUGGCCUUGGUCUUAACAACACUCAGUAUGGACGUUUGUGUCAAAUUGUAGGAGCUAAUGAUUUGGGUUUGGGCAUUACCAUUGGUGCUCAUCAAAGUAUUGGCUUUAAGGGCAUUCUGUUGUACGGCACCCCUGAACAGAAAGCCAAAUAUUUACCACAAGUAUCCACCGAGAAAGUAUAUGCUGCUUUUGCUUUAACUGAACCCAGUGCUGGUUCUGAUGCGGGUUCCAUCAAGUGCAGAGCUGUUAAGAGUGCUGACGGCAAACAUUAUAUUUUAAAUGGUUCCAAGAUUUGGAUUUCCAAUGGUGGAAUUGCCGAUAUAAUGACUGUUUUUGCUCAAACCGAAAUGACAGAUCCUAAUACCGGCGAGAAGAAAGACAAGGUAACAGCUUUUAUUGUUGAAAGAGGCUUUGGCGGAGUCACAAAUGGCGCACCUGAAAAGAAAAUGGGUAUCAAAGCUUCCAAUACUGCAGAGGUCUACUUUGAGGAUGUUAAAAUUCCCAUUGAAAAUGUUUUGGGCCAGGAAGGUGAAGGUUUCAAGGUGGCCAUGAACAUUUUGAACAAUGGCCGCUUCGGCAUGGGAGCCACAUUGUCGGGUACCAUGAAACACUGCAUUGCCAAAGCUGUGGAACAUUGCAACAACAGAACACAGUUCGGAAAGAAAUUGAAGGAUUACAAGGGUAUACAAGAAAAGAUUGCCCAGAUGAGUCUGAUCCAGUAUGCCACCGAGUCUAUGGCUUUCCAAAUUUCCCAGAAUAUGGAUGCUGGAAGUCAAGAUUAUCAUUUGGAGGCUGCUAUUUCUAAAAUAUUUGCUUCGGAGGCAGCUUGGUAUGUAUGUGAUGAAUCCAUACAAAUAUUGGGUGGUAUGGGCUUUAUGCGGGAGACCGGUUUGGAGCGUGUUAUGCGCGAUUUACGUAUCUUCAGAAUAUUUGAAGGUACUAACGACAUCUUGCGCUUGUUUGUUGCCCUGACUGGUAUUCAGUAUGCUGGAUCCCAUCUCAAGGAAUUGCAGAGGGCUUUCAAAAAUCCCGCCGCUAACUUGGGUUUGAUUUUCAAAGAAGCAUCCCGCCGAGCAGCCUCCUCUGUGGGUAUUGGUGGUACUGAUCUUUCGCCGUUUGUUGCUCCUCAACUGACAGCAACAGCCAAAGAUGCAGCCGAAUGCAUAGAUAUGUUUGGACAAACUGUUGAAAGCCUACUUGUUAAAUACGGCAAGAAUAUUAUAAAUGAACAAAAUGUACUCAAUCGUUUGGCUGAUGCUGCCAUCGAUAUUUACUCAAUGGUUGUCACCCUAUCGCGUUCGACACGGGCUGUGAAUGAAAAACUAGAAACCGCCGAACAUGAAUUGGAGCUAACCAAAGCCUGGUGUUAUCAGGCCAACGAAAGAUGCCGAACCAAUCUUAAACAUGCCACAUCUGGUGGUCAUGUUAACUUCUAUAAGGAUUUGUCGAAAGUAGCUGAGACUGUAUUAGAAAAUGGUGGUGUAAAAACCACAAAUAUCGUAGGAUAAAAUAUAUAGGCAUAUGUAAACGAAAACGAAACAUCACCAUCCAUUUUAACGAAAUUAUCCAUCGACGUUGUGAUUUUUUAUGAGAUUCUAUGCCAUUUUUGUUAUUGUCAUUUUCUUUUUGUGAUUUUGUUUUUUUGUUAACCUUCAAAGCGGCUUGUUCGUUUGACAUUGCAAAUGCACAUUUGAAGGAUUUUCCGUAAACAUAGACAGUCGACCGUAUAAAAUAAACGAUUUAACAAUGUUUCAUUUGCCAAAUUGUUUCAUAGAGGUCUUGUAUCUUUUGUGGAUGGAUAAUUUCGUUGCCAAACUUAACGAUGAUAUGAUAAUCGACCUAGAUAUAAUUAUAAAUGUAUGUAUGUUGAAGAAUUAUUGUUUAGUAAAUUAAAGUAUUUUUUUAAAACUAAUAAACGUGCCUUGUUUAGGUAUAAAUAAUA